AAAAAAAAAAAAAAAAAAAAAAAAAAAAGCCAUGACUGCUAUCCCACAAUUCAUCUUCCCUGCGCCAUCUUUGUAUUAUUUCUAAUUUAUUUUGGAUGUCAAAAGACAUUGAUGAAGAUAUUUUCUCUGGAGUCUCCUUCCUCUCUAACCCGUCUCUCCCGAUGUGAACCGAGCGACUCACAAGCCACCGAAGCCACCAACCCACCAUGUCGCGCCGCAAGCAAGGCAAACCCCAGCACUUAAGCAAACGGGAAUUUUCACCCGAACCUCUUGAAGCCAUUCUCACUGAUGAUGAACCUGAACAUGGCACAUUGGGAGCUCCGGAAGGGGACCACGACCUCCUCACUUGUGGCCAGUGUCAGAUGAACUUUCCGUUGGGGGACAUUCUUAUUUUUAUUGAGCACAAACGGAAACAAUGCAAUGGCAGUCUCUGCCUAGAGAAGGCUGUGGAUAAGCCACCUUCACCCUCACCAAGUGAGCUGAAAAAAGCAUCCAAUCCCGUGGAGGUUGGCAUCCAGGUUACGCCAGAGGAUGACGAUUGUUUAUCAACGUCAUCUAGAGGAAUUUGCCCUAAACAGGAACAUAUAGCAGGUAAAGAUGAGCCCAGCAGCUACACGUGUACGACUUGUAAACAGCCUUUCAACAGCGCCUGGUUCCUCUUGCAGCACGCACAGAACACACACGGCUUACGGAUCUACCUAGAAAGCGAGCACGGCAGCCCCCUGACGCCACGGGUUGGUAUCCCAACAGGACUAGGUGCAGAGUGCCCUUCCCAGCCACCUCUCCACGGGAUUCACAUUGCAGACAAUAACCCUUUUAACCUGCUCAGAAUACCCGGCUCGGUCUCGAGGGAGGCGUCGGGGCUGGGAGAAGGGCGUUUCCCACCCACGCCGCCCCUCUUUAGCCCUCCCCCGAGGCACCAUUUGGAUCCGCAUCGCAUUGAGCGCCUGGGUGCGGAAGAAAUGGCUCUGGCCACCCAUCACCCUAGUGCCUUUGACAGGGUGCUGCGACUGAACCCCAUGGCGAUGGAGCCCCCCGCUAUGGAUUUCUCCCGGAGGCUGCGGGAGCUGGCCGGCAACACCUCCAGCCCACCCUUGUCCCCGAGCCGGCCCAGCCCUAUGCAAAGGUUGCUGCAGCCCUUCCAGCCCGGCAGCAAGCCCCCGUUCCUGGCCACACCGCCCCUCCCUCCUCUGCAGUCUGCUCCUCCUCCCUCCCAGCCCCCCAUGAAGUCCAAGUCCUGCGAGUUCUGUGGGAAGACCUUCAAGUUUCAGAGCAACCUGGUGGUGCACCGCCGGAGCCACACGGGGGAGAAGCCCUACAAGUGCAACCUCUGCGACCACGCCUGCACGCAGGCCAGCAAGCUGAAGCGCCACAUGAAGACCCACAUGCACAAGUCCUCCCCCAUGACGGUGAAGUCGGACGAUGGGCUCUCCACUGCCAGCUCCCCUGAGCCGGGCACCAGCGACCUGGUGGGCAGCGCCAGCAGCGCCCUCAAGUCCGUGGUGGCCAAGUUCAAGAGCGAGAACGACCCCAACAUGAUCCCUGAGAACGGGGAUGAGGAAGAGGAGGAGGAGGAGGAGGAAGAGGAGGAGGAGGAGGAGGAAGAGGAGGAGGACUUGAACGAGAGCGACAGGCCGGACUAUGGCUUCGGGAUGAGCCUGGAGGCGGCCCGUCACCACGAGAACAACUCACGGGCUGGCGAGGAGGGCCGGGCGAUGCCGGACGUCAUGCAGGGCAUGGUCUUGAGCUCCAUGCAGCACUUCAGCGAGGCCUUCCACCAGGUCCUGGGGGAGAAACACAAGCGGGGCCACCUCCCCGAGCCCGAGGUGCACAGGGACACUUGCGACGAAGACUCGGUGGCUGGCGAGUCCGACCGCAUCGACGAGGGGGCCGUCAACGGCCGGGGCUGCUCCCCGGGGGAGUCUGCCUCGGGAGGCCUGUCCAAAAAGCUGCUGCUGGGUAGCCCCAGCUCCCUGAGCCCCUUCUCCAAACGCAUCAAGCUGGAGAAGGAGUUCGACCUGCCGGCCGCCGCCAUGCCCAACACCGAGAACGUUUACUCCCAGUGGCUGGCGGGCUACGCUGCCUCUCGGCAGCUGAAGGACCCCUUCCUCAGCUUCGGCGACUCCCGACAAUCGCCCUUCGCCUCCUCCUCCGAGCACUCCUCGGAGAACGGCAGCCUGCGCUUCUCCACGCCGCCGGGCGAGCUGGACGGAGGGAUCUCAGGCCGCAGCGGCACGGGAAGCGGAGGGAGCACCCCCCAUAUUAGUGGCCCGGGCCCUGGCAGGCCCAGCUCAAAAGAGGGCAGACGCAGCGACACUUGUGAGUACUGUGGGAAGGUCUUCAAGAACUGUAGUAAUCUCACCGUCCACAGACGGAGCCACACGGGCGAGAGGCCGUAUAAGUGUGAGCUUUGCAACUACGCCUGCGCCCAGAGUAGCAAGCUCACCCGGCACAUGAAAACACACGGGCAGGUUCGGCGUACCCCCCCAGCUGGCGCGGCGCCCAGGGAGCCCCGGAUGUCUGGCAGUUUUCGGAUGGAAGUUCCAGAGCACUUAAAUUCUGAGAGGAGGUGAAGCUGGGGCGAGCGGCCGGCGGCGUCUGGGCGUGCGGAGGUGCCUCUGUCCUGUGGCUCAUCCAUCCCUCCAUCCAUCCUGGGAGAGCCUGAGGAGUCACCCACCGACAGCAGCUCCCCGGGCUCCUCCUGCCUGCAAGACUAUCGUAUUUAUAUUUUGUAAUAGAGUACAACACUUCUUUGGGGUUGGGGUUUUCAGUUUUUUGGGGGUUUCUUUUUGUUCAUUGGUUUUUUUUUUUUUCAUUUUCUAAAAACAAACAAACGAAAAAAACCCCACCCACCAAGGUCAAGGGCUUAAUGAUGGCUCCGACUGGCUCCUUUCCCCAUGGAAAAGACUGUCUUGCUCUCGUGGACAACUCAGCCUCUUGGUUAUCCCCGCAAUGUGCCAUUCCUCGGGAGGCACAUCUGAUGUGAUGAAUUAAAAAUAAAGCAAAACACAGUGUAGGUCUGUGGGUGGGUGGGAAAUUGCCAUAAUAAAUGUUGGAGCUUUA